UAAUCCCUAGUUACAAUCUGUGUCCUGCUCUUUGUGAUCCACCCUGCAAUCUGAAUCCACUCUGCCCAGAUGUAACCUGGGACAUUAGCAAAAAGAAGGAGACAGGAAGAAAAAUAAGACCGGGAAGAAAACACUUCUUGACAUUGACAAACAAAUCUGUUAUUAGCUUAAAUCUUAGAGAACCUCAGAGACUGCAACUUGGGGAUUCUUCCUGAGAAUGCAUUGCUUCCUUGGGAUUAGGUGAGCAAAGACCUUUGCAAGUACCAGUGACAACAAGUACCGGACCACCCUGAAGCAACCACCACUUGUUCUGGAUUGCCAUUUAGUGCCAAGGAGCUGCUGGGCACAAUUCUGGGAGAUGCCUCAGAACACUCUCUGGAUUUUCCUCUUGGUUGUUUUGAAGGCGAGGGGAGAGCUGCCAUUUAUUGCAGAAAACAAUGCAGCGAUGAUGGUGAACUGGAAUGCUGUUGAAGAGAACAAAAAACUGUAUGCGAUUUAUGACACAAGUGUGAACGAUCCUGGAAACAUGUCCUUCGUGAAAGAAACUGUGGACAAAUUGUUGAAAGGCUACGACAUUCGCCUCAGACCCGAUUUCGGAGGCCCCCCAGUCAAUGUGGGGAUGAACAUCGACAUUGCCAGUAUAGACAUGGUGUCUGAAGUCAACAUGGACUACACUUUAACUAUGUACUUUCAACAAUACUGGAGAGAUAAAAGACUAGCCUAUGCUGGGAUUCCUCUCAACCUUACACUUGAUAACAGAGUAGCUGAUCAACUUUGGGUGCCUGAUACUUACUUUCUAAAUGACAAGAAGUCUUUUGUACAUGGUGUUACUGUUAAGAAUCGAAUGAUUCGCCUUCAUCCAGAUGGCACAGUAUUGUACGGCCUCAGAAUCACAACUACUGCAGCUUGUAUGAUGGACUUGAGAAGAUAUCCACUAGACGAACAGAACUGUACACUAGAAAUAGAAAGUUAUGGAUACACAACAGAUGACAUAGAAUUUUACUGGAGAGGUGGGGAUAAUGCUGUAACUGGGGUGGAGAGAAUUGAACUUCCUCAGUUUUCUAUUGUGGAGUACAAACUGGUAUCCAGGAAUGUUGUCUUUGCCACAGGUGCCUAUCCAAGACUGUCACUGAGUUUUAAGUUGAAGAGGAAUAUUGGAUAUUUUAUACUCCAGACUUACAUGCCAUCAAUACUGAUUACUAUUUUAUCAUGGGUGUCAUUCUGGAUCAAUUAUGAUGCGUCAGCUGCAAGAGUUGCUCUUGGUAUUACAACUGUUCUUACUAUGACAACUAUCAACACUCAUCUCCGAGAGACUUUGCCCAAGAUUCCCUAUGUCAAAGCCAUUGACAUGUAUCUUAUGGGCUGCUUUGUAUUUGUCUUCUUGGCCUUACUUGAAUAUGCCUUUGUUAACUACAUAUUCUUUGGAAAAGGCCCUCAAAGGCAGAAGAGACUUGCUGAAAAGACAGCCAAAGCAAACAACGAUCGCUCUAAAUUUGAAAGCAAUCGGGUGGACAUGCAUGGGAACAUUUUGCUGACAUCCCUGGAGAUUCACAAUGAAGUUGCAAGCAACGAGGUCACUACAAGUGUCAGUGAUCCUCAGAAUUCAACAAUAUCCUUUGACAACUCAGGGAUCCAGUACAGAAAACAUAGUUCACAUCGAGAAAAUCUUGGAAGGCGUACUUUGGACAGAACUGGCACCCAUACUAAGAAGAGUCAUUUACGAAGAAGGUCAUCACAGCUAAAGAUAAAAAUUCCUGAUCUAACGGAUGUGAAUGCCAUAGACAGAUGGUCAAGAAUGGUGUUCCCAUUCACAUUUUCUCUUUUCAACUUAAUCUACUGGCUAUACUAUGUCAACUAAAUUGACUUCUACUUUUUUAACAAAAGACUUCAACAAGCAAAAUACUUCUCUGCCUGUUACUUUUUAUGUGUACAUAAGAACUUUUGCACUAUAUAUAUAUAAUAUACGUAUAUAUAUAUUUAAAAUCCUGUUUAUGUGUGUAUAUAUAUUGUGAAAUAAUGUGUAUUAUACCCAUUGUGCAUACACAUAUACACAUAUACAUAUAUACAUUCUCUUUCUGUCUGUUUCCCGCUCCUUCUCUGGAUGAUAAUGGACAAUUUAACACACAAUGCACAUUUAUGAGCUUUUUGAAACAUUGAGAGGCAAGUACUCUCAUAUAUUAGAUUUUAAGAAAGCUAAUUGUUGUAUAAGACCACCCAAACAGUUGUCAGUUCUCUAUUCCAUAAUGUUAGAAUUCUGUGAUAUUGUUUGCAAAUUCUUAUGAUUUUCACUGCUCAUUAACUGAUAAAUUGCACUGGUAAGUUUUUUUUUAAAGAAAUUUAUAUUUAAUGUCAGGUUUACAACCACUGGGCCAUAUUGAUCAUAGUUUUUUGUUUUAUAUAUUAUCAUAGAUAAUGUUACCUUCCUUAAAUUGACAUUGUUUUUCAUGAAUCAUGUUUCUUCUGUUGUAGUAACUUAAAUAUUGUUCAAAAAUGGGUUUGUCUAGUAUUCAUAGGACUUUUAAUACAUUCAUCUUAAAGAUCUAUUUAAUAAGCAAAGAGGUGGUUUAUUAUAAGCACUCCACACUUCAGUGCACAAUAUAAUAUUUUAUAAUUUGAGCUUUUCCCAGAUAUUUUUCUGUAUUGAUGAGGGAAAACAUCCAUCUAUUUAAUGCUAUAAUAAUACAGUCGUAAAUGUAGCUGCUACUGAUAUUUUCAGAAUUUUCUUUUCUUAUCAGAGAUUAGGAGUUAUUUAAUAUUAUUUUAAUAUCUAUCAAUCAAUUUAUUGAAUUGGGUUAGUCUAAUAACCAUUUUGAACAGCUACUAAUGAUAAAACAAUACAAUUAUAAAUGCCAUGAUACAGUUACAAUAAAAACAUUGGUUUGUCACCUUAUGUUAAGGUGACACUGAGCCAAAUUAAAAAUACACCAUCCAAUACUUCUCCUUCUUCCCAUCUCUUUUCCUCUGUGUUUGGCAGCCUUGGAUAUUUUAAUAGCAACAACAAUGCUAACAAUCUGAGUAAUGAAUCAUGCUUUGUGUCAAUUUGUUGCUUUGGGAAUGCAAUUUUUGAGGGGCUCGGUCAUUUUUGGCCAUUUAUAACCAUUUUAAUUGCUGGAGCUUAAAAAAAACUUAAAGGUAACAUGCUACUAAUGAAUUCCUAAUAUUUAAUGUGAUUAAAUAUUUUAAUAAUUUUCACUAUUAAAAGAAAGAAAAAUGGGCUAAAUAGGUUAGGAAUAAGGAAUAUGCAUUUCUCUUAAAAUCUAAUUUGACCUACAGUUACUUCCUGUUUUGGAGCUUUCCAAGUAAGAAAAAUUCUCAGCAAAAUACAAUCUUCUGAUUCUAAAUGUUUCUUUCAGGAUUGUUAUUACGUUGAGAAUCUAAAAGAUAUCUCAGGUUAGUUAUUUUAACAAAGUUCAGUCACUCUAGCUUUGUUUUUUAUGUGUUUAUUUUUUUU